CAGGGUUUUAAGUGUGGCCUGAUUGUAGGAUCGGUUAAUUAGCCCCGCCUUCCCUUUCCUCUUUCUGGUGAAUAGCAAUAGAGGAGUCAAUCAUUCACAGAGAUGUUAUGACUGUGACUUUAUAUGUUGUACAAGAUGAGGAAGUGUCGGUCUUGUUUACAUCGGUACGAACACAGGACGAUUGAUGGCCGGUCCGGCACACUGACUGCUGAUCUGUAGCUCUCACCACUACUAACCUGUCAGAACUAAAAGAGGGCAGCAGUUGCUUUGUCUUCCAACCUAGAGACAGCAGGACCGGAUCUGGGGGAAAACGACCAUGUAUCCAAGCCUCUUCCUUAAUAUGAGGUGCGAGACUGGAGCCUGAGGGUGAAAAACAGGAUCAGUAAGAAGAUCGAUCGCUGUUCAUUCAGCAUGGCAGCUCUCUGAGAUGAGCUCUGUCUGAGAUGACGGGGCUUUAGUUCAUCUGAUCGGAAGAUGUUGUUUGUCUGUAGGCAGACUAAGAGAACUGUCGGUGGAUUAUCUUGGCUGUCCGUUUAAGGUGAGGCUCUCUGUGUGUUAUGAUAUGGCAUACCUGGUUCACACAGCUCACCCUCAGUUUGUCAGCCUGUGGUUGAGCGCCGUGGGUUGGGUCCUUACCGCGGUGACCCUUGGACUCAUCCAGUGGAGGGUCUGGCAGGUGGCCGACUUGACCUUCAUCACCUCAGGAGUGGCCUGGGUCGGAAUCUGGAGGGUGUGUUUCUAUAGCCAUACCCUCGUGACCUCUGGGUUCAAGGUCAUGUAUUGUCAGAAUAUGGCGCUGUCGGACGCCUUCACGCCCCCGGAGGUCGCCACGGCCCAGGUGCUCACUCUAAUAGGGCUGGUCGUGGGGUUCUGUGGGAACGCUGCCGCCGUCUACGCCCUCAGGAACGUCUAUUUUGGCCUGGAGAAACAGACGCCUAUCCGUUGUGCGUUCGCAGUGGCUGGUACUCUGUGCUUGUUGUCCGCUGUGUGUUUUCUCAUACCUCUCCUGUGGAACCUGAACUCGGUGGUGACCAAUCAAACGAUUGCGUUCCCGUCGAACUUCCACAUGCCCCCUGCACCUGUGACCCAGAACGCGGGGGCAGGUAUCGGGGUCGGGAUCGUAGGGUCGUUCAUGAUGAUCAUCAGUGGAGUUAUCUUCAUCUUCUACAGGUUCCCUGUUAAGGUAGGACCCAGAGUGGAGCCGCCUUGUCCAGAGGCGAGACACUUUGAUGGGUCAAGUGUUGGGACAUUAACCCUACCGUGUCCCACAGAUCCAGGAGACAGUUUGAAUAACUCUCAGGCCAUGGACAAUCCUGCCUUCCAUUCUGAUGAACACUUGUGAUUUUAGUUUGUUUCUGAAAUCAGACAUGAUUUGACCAUAUUCAAUGUUGUAUUUGAUGUGACAUAAAGGAAUAGCCAUUUGAUUGAACUAUAUGGUUCGUAUGAGAACCCCCCCCCCCCCCCCCCCCCACCGACCUCCGAACAAGUGACAUCAAUAAGGUGUCAUAGCUUUCACCUUUGAUUCACCUAGUCUGUCAUGGAAAGAGCAGGAGUGCUUAGUGUUUUGUAUACUCAGUGUACACCCAUUUUGAUUCUUGAAGAAUAUAACUUAGAAAUGCGUCAUGAGUUUGACUGUUAUACCCAUCAGAACCCCAAAUAUAAGCUAGUUUAACUCCGCUUGUUUAACUAAUUGUAAACAAACACUGUAUAGCGUCAAUGUGGUUAACUAUAAUUUUGUUACCCUGGAUGGUCAGUCCUCGUAUCCAUACUUCUGUCUAUGGAUUUGAGAAUGCUUAAGUUUCUCCAGCCCGUCCCUCCAGCUGUUUACCAAAACGGUGGUGGGGUACCCACUUUGCCAUUGUUUGAACUGCAGUUUGCCCCUUUAAAAUAUGUCAGAUUAUAUGAUCCUACAUUGAUUCGUAACAUUCUUAUACCGAAUGAUUGUGCUGUAGUUGAUAUCAGAAAAGCACCUUCAUUUAAUAGUCAAGAGUAUUUCACAGUGUGUUGUAUUGAGUUAAUACUGCUACUGUAGAGAAGCAGUGAUUUGGAGGGGACACAAAGACACACGCUUUAUCUUUUGAGGACAUGCUUGCAACACACCUCUCUAGUCAUUGCCUUGCAAAAACUCCAAAGGGAGUUUAAAAAACGGAUUCCAUUAAAUGUUUUCCAUUUCAUACUUGUAUUGCUGAUGCCAUUGAAUGUAUUUCUUUGUAAAUUAUGCAGAAUUUGUACCGUUUCUGUUUUAUUUGAUCACAUUCUAAAUGUUUUCAACUUUUAAGGGCUCUUGACAUCCAGGAACAAUAUUAUACACAUGCACAAUUCAAUCAAAUAGUUGUGAUAAAUCAUGUGAUUUAAAAGAGACCAUGUUUGAAUCAAUACAAUCUUAUCACACACUGUAUUUGUUUUGAUGUGGAGUAGCAACAGUUUUAUUCCUCAGUCUGGUUUUAGACAGCCCGGCAAGGACCUCAAUGAUCCUCUAUCCCUGACUGCCUUGCAGUCUGCACUCUGUAGAGCUCCCCCACUGAUUGGUGAACGCUGGGUAGUUACUGGCUUUGUCCCAAAUGGCACCCUAUUCCCUAUACAGUGCACUACUUUUGACCAGAGACCAAAUGUAGUGCACUAUAAAAGGAAAAGGUUGCAAUUAGGAACACACACACUGUCUGCCCCUAUUAGACCACAUUGUUUCCUGGUAACAAGGCUUCCGUUAGGGGCCGUAAGGUGUUAUCGUGUUCAAGUCAAAUAUUGGCUCUGGCAGAACGGUGUUUUGACAGUCGCGGUCCCACAAAAUCAUAUCAUCCAUUUGAUUGUGCUACAGAAGAGGAAGGGAUUUUAUUUUAUUUCUCCAAAUCCUCUUUUUUGACGAUUUAAAUUUUUUUUUUUACAUUUAUCAAAGCAAGUAAUGUCCUUGUUAACUAUGGUCCCAAAAUGAAGACACCAGUGGCCAAGAAGAAGUGAUGUGUAUUGUGGAGCCUCUCAUUCUCAUUUGGGCCCGUUCAUGUGAACAGUGCAGGGGAGGAGACUGAGACUGGCUGUGGCAGGGCAUAUGAGUCCUUGACCAGACCUCUCAAAGCCGGAGUGAGGACAAUCACAGUGGGGAUUGUUACUCUGGCUGAAAGUCCGAACAGUCAGAUCCUGUGGACAGCACACUGUGUUGGGGGGG